AAUGUUGUUCUUGUAACAAUCGCUUAUAGAUUGGGAGUAUUAGGAUUUUUAUCAUUAAAAGAUCCUAAUUUAAAGAUACCAGGCAACGCUGGUAUGAAAGAUCAAGUUAUGGCUUUAAAAUGGGUUCAAGAGAACAUAAAAAAUUUCGGUGGUGAUCCUGGAAAUGUAACAAUUUUUGGUGAAAGUGCCGGAGGGGCUUGCGUUCAUUAUUUAAUAAUGUCCCCAAUGGCUAAAGGGCUUUUUCAUAAAGCCAUCAUGCAAAGUGGAACCGUUAUGGAUCCUUGGACAAAAGGGAAACCAUUAGGGAUGGAGUUUUGUCACUAUUUAGACAUAGAUCCAAGUGAUGAAAAUGAAAUGUUAACAGUGUUGUUAAAAAUGCCCGUUGAAGAUUUACUAACCGCUCAACUAUCAAUGAGAGAUACAAUUCAAUGUGACACUUUAAGAUAUAUUGCCCCGGUUGUUGAAAAAUCAAAAAAAAACGCAUUUUUGAGUGAAGAUCCAAUCGAUUUAUUGAUACAAGGGAAAUAUAAUAAAGUUCCAAUUUUAAUGGGUUAUAACUCAAAAGAAGGAUUAGUUUGUGGGUAUUUACCUGGAGCGGUACCACGUGGAAAUAAUUUAGAAGAGUUCAUUCCUUAUAAUAUGCGUUUGGAUAGAGGCUCUCACUUCGCUAUGACUAUUGCAGCCAAAUUAAAAGAAUUUUAUUUUCCCAAUGACACCAACAUUUCAGGGGAUCCACUCUACGAUUUGUACACAGACACACUNAUGUCAGAUCUGCCAACAACGGAAAGUAUCCUUACAGAAUGUCUCCAAACGCGAGCAAGUAUAUAUAAAGCUAAUUAA